UGUCCAUGUUUCUGUGUUAUUUUCUGUAGGAAACAAGUUUCUAUAUUUAUGUUAAAAAUCUUGUUUCAAUUAAUUUAUGGUUCAGGCAUACUAUCAGGAUAUAUCGGAUGAUGGUGGUGGGUUACAGUUGUCCGUUCAUUCUGUUCAAGCUGAGGAGGAAAAGGACACUUUGAAUUUUGAAAAUAUGUUUAUCGAUCCUGAUUUUCUUAAGAGUGUGGUUGAUAGCACUGUUAAGAGUGCUUUGAAGACAGAUUAUGUUUCGUUUCAUGAUGAUAGUGAUAAGUUGAGUUUGGUUUUGUACGAUGAAUCGUAUUUGUCUCCGGAGGUUCAAAAGAGACAGCCCAAACCAAGCUCUUUUGUUCUGUCGCCAUAUGUUGUGGACUUUGGGUCUUCGUCAUCUUCGAAGGAAGGCUUAAUGAGGAUUGUGCAAGAUGAUAAAUUUAUUGUGCAUGGAAUCAAUCCUUUUAAAGAUGAAAUUGGUUUUAAUACUGGUGCUGAGCAGUGCAUUAAGUUUUCCAAAUUUAUUGAUGAGAACAUUGUCAUGAAUAGGGGUGUGAAGAAGUACUCUGAUGCGGACAACAUCUUAUAUCCACCGAUUGAUUUUUCUUUCAUUGAAAUUUCCGAGAAGAUGUGGUUCUACGAGCUUCACGCUUGUGGUGUAUUUCUGCGUGACAGUGUAAGAAACUGGUUUCUUUUUAUUAUUUUCUAUGUCUUUGAUAUUUGAGUCUAUGUUUCUGGUAAAAAUCCGGUUUCUGAUGAUGUAUUUAUUGCAUUUCUGUAGCAUUUAGAUGUGGUAUUCUAUUACCUUAGGAAGAAGAUUAAGCAAGACGAUACUUUGAAACAGAGGAUUACCACUACCAAUUGUUUGUUUGAUCAUGUGGAAUUCCUACAAUCAGUUCUUGAAAUCGGGUUCUAAUCCUUCUAAGAUUGACUUUGAUAAUGUCAUUCCUAGAUACAUUGUUGGUGAGUAUUUGUUUUGCAAUACUCCUUGGGUGCUUACUGACCAUGUUCUUAUAUAUGUCAAUAUUCAAAAGCACAAACAUUGGAUAUUGGUCCAUUUUGACAUCAAGGAGAGGAUGUUGAACGUAUAUAACUGCAUGUCUGGUGCUCUCAACAAGAAACGCGCUUUGGAUCAUGUGAAAGCUUAUUCUACUAUGCUACCAUUUUAUUUGGAGUAUCUUGAUGUUUAUUCUUCUAGGCCGGAUCUUAAUUUGGAUCAAGGUCCAUAUUCCGUUGGGAAAAGAGAACCUUUGAAUUUCAAGUUCAUAGAUGGUCUUCUAAGUCAAGUCAAUAGGUAAUUCUUCCUCUUUUCAUCAUAUAUUUUUUUUA